AUGGCUCAACGCACUGUGCGUCGCUUUCUUUCACUGGAGCGUCGUCUCUUAGCCAAUCCACCUUUACGGUCAGCAUAUUCGGAGUUCAUUGACGAAUAUCAGAAGUUGAAUCACAUGAAGCCAGUGGGAGAAGAGAUGCCAUCUGAAUCUAGUUCAACUUAUUAUUUGCCACACCACUGCGUGGUUCGCCCAGACAGUAUCACUACUAAACUUCGAGUCGUAUUUGAUGCAUCUUGUGCCACGGACACUGGCAUCUCGCUGAACGACGUACUAAUGGUUGGUCAAGUGAUACAUGACCUCAUCUCCAUUAUCUUACGAUUCUGCAUGCAUCGAUAUGCGAUUAUUUCUGACGUAGAAAAAAUGUACCGUCAAAUUAAAGUACAUCCCGCAGGUCAUGCUCUGCAACGAAUUCUUUGGAGAGAUGACCCGUCUGCACCCAUACAAGCGUAUGAAUCAACCACAGUCACUUAUGGCACCUCUGCUGCACCCUAUCUAGCUACAAAAUGCCUCCAACAACUUUCUAGAAUUGGAAGCUCUACACACUUUGAAGCUGCUGCUGUUGUUGCCAAAGAUUUUUACAUGGACGAUAUGAUCAGUGGAGUCAACAACGUUGAGGAAGGAAAGGAAUUGUGCAGCCAGCUUUUAAAUCUUUCGAACUCUGCUGGGUUCAGUUUACGAAAAUGGUCAUCCAAUUGUCCACACAUUUUGGCCCACAUACCUGCGGAAUUACGCGACGAACGUACUGUUUUAGAAUUCGAUUCUACUACCAUAGUUAAAACUCUGGGUCUCAAAUGGGAACCCGCGUCUGACAAAUUUGGCUUCCUAGUCCCUAAGUGGAACACCGCGACAGUCAUUACUAAAAGAAUCGCCCUAUCUGACUCUGCUCGUCUGUAUGACCCUUUAGGACUUGUUGGUCCUGUGAUUGUUCUAGCAAAAGUUUUCAUGCAGAAUCUUUGGAGAAACAAGAAAGACUGGGAUGAACCGCUUGAAGCAGAACUUCAACAACUCUGGCUGCAGUUUAGAGAGGAACUUGCAGCAUUGGAUAGUCUAACUGUACCACGUUGGGCCUUGUCCGUUUCCGAUCCCAUCAGCAUCGAAAUUCAUGGAUUUUGCGAUGCCUCAGAAAAGGCAUAUGGCGCCUGCAUCUACUUACGCACUGUUGCGGCUAAUAGAGAAUCUGUCGUUCGUUUACUGACUUCCAAGUCCAAAAUUGCUCCCAUGGGCAAACGCAAAAGGGAGAAGAAAAUGUGCUUACCACGGUUGGAACUUUCAUCCGCGUUGAUCCUAAGUCAUCUUUAUCAGAAGGUUCAAAAUAACCUGAAGACACGUAUGAAAAGCUUUUUCUGGACCGAUUCAAUGAUAGCCCUACACUGA